CUUCAAGUUCGGGGGCUGGAGGCGCCGGCGCCGCUCCCUGGCCCUGGCCGGCGGCCCCGCCCCGCGCCCCGGGUCGCUGCCGGCGGCCCCUCCCACCUCCCGCGCCUGGCCUCCCCCGGGCGGCGCCGGGCACUCCCCGCCGACCGCAGCCUGACACGCCGCCGUCGCCGCCGCCGCGCGGCCCCCCGUCUCCCGCAGCCGCCUGCCCCAGGCAUGGCACAGGGCCUCGCCUCACUAUGGCAGCAGCACGGCACAGCACGCUCGACUUCAAGUUCAGCGCCGAAGCUGAUUGCAAGACCAUUCUGAAAGGUCUCCAGUCCAUUUUCCAGGAGCAGGGGAUGGCAGGAUCGGUGCAUACCUGGAAGGACCACGGCUGCUUGGCAACCUACACCGACAAAAAUGGCAGCUUUGCCAAUUUGCGAAUUUAUCCCCAUGGAUUGGUGUUGCUGGACCUCCAGGGCUACGACGGUGAUGCACAGGGCAAAGAAGAGAUUGACAGUCUUUUGAACAAAGUAGAAGAAAGAUUGAAAGAAUUGAGCCAGGACAGUACUGGGCGGGUGAAGCGGUUGCCUCCCAUAGUUCGAGGCGGGGCCAUCGACAGAUACUGGCCCACUGCCGAUGGGCGCCUGGUUGAGUACGACAUAGAUGAAGUGGUCUAUGAUGAAGACUCGCCUUAUCAGAACAUUAAAAUUCUACACUCGAAACAAUUUGGCAACAUUCUCAUCCUCAGCGGGGAUGUUAAUUUGGCGGAGAGUGACUUGGCAUAUACCCGAGCCAUCAUGGGCAGUGGGAAGGAAGACUACACUGACAAGGAUGUGCUGAUCCUGGGCGGUGGCGAUGGAGGCAUAUUAUGUGAAAUUGUCAAACUGAAACCAAAGAUGGUCACUAUGGUGGAGAUUGACCAAAUGGUGAUUGAUGGGUGUAAGAAGUACAUGCGCAAGACCUGCGGUGACGUCUUGGACAAUCUCAGCGGAGACUGCUACCAGGUUCUAAUAGAAGACUGUAUUCCAGUGCUGAAGAGGUACGCCAAGGAAGGGAGAGAGUUUGAUUAUGUGAUUAACGAUUUGACAGCCGUUCCCAUCUCCACGUCUCCAGAAGAGGAUUCCACAUGGGAGUUUCUCAGGCUGAUUCUUGACCUGUCGAUGAAGGUGCUGAAGCAGGAUGGGAAGUACUUCACACAGGGGAACUGUGUGAAUUUGACGGAAGCCCUGUCGCUCUACGAAGAACAGCUCGGCCGCCUGUACUGUCCUGUGGAGUUCUCAAAGGAGAUCGUCUGUGUCCCUUCGUACUUGGAAUUGUGGGUGUUUUACACUGUGUGGAAGAAAGCGAAGCCUUGAAGAGUGAUCCAUAGCCCCCCCCCCCAGUGUGUCUGUUGCAGCUAGCCUUCCUGACCGCCGCGUGCUGUACAUGCCAUCCAAAUGAGUCAGGCAGUGAAUUGUGAAUUUCUUCAACUUUGCUGUUUUUUCGUUGUUUUUAAUUUAAAAAGAAAACCAAACAAUGGAAAGUGUAUAUUUUGAUGACCUAGGGUGUUAUUUUUCUUGGAAAGUCAGCGAAGGAUGAUUAGACAGCACAGUGGAGACUGCGAAAUGCACUGACCCCUAGAAUGUGAUUUUUGUUAUUUUAUUUCUGUGUGGGCUUUUUUUUUUUUUUUUUAAAUUUUGACUUUGGUAGACUUUACAUUUUCGGUAUUAGAGGAAUGAGCAUCGUUUCAUUUCAGAGGGAAGGUCUUGAUUGUGUUUCUCCCCCCCCCCCCAGUUGAUUUAGAUGUUAAAAUUUGGUGCUUAUAAGAGAGAAUUAAAAAUGAAUAGUAAUGCUUCAAUUAAAAUUACAUAAGAGACA